AUGUCAAGCAGGAAGCGAAGUAAAGAGAAGGGGGAGAGACGAGACCACAAGAGACCCAAAACAUCCAGAGAGGAUUUGGAGAAACUGAAAACACAUACGAAGAAACUGAACCAAGAAGUCCAGAAAUUGAAACACGUGGAGACUUUGUAAGUAAGAGCUGCAAAACGACUAUUCCUCACUCUGCUUAUAAACUUGUGCAUGAAUUAUAAAUGUCAUUUAACCAAUUUUUAGUCAUGUAAACAAACUGAACUAAUGUUGCAUCAGCUAAGAGUUAGGUUUACCUGUCUCUAUAUACAGUGGAUAUAAAAGGUCUACACACCCCUGUUCAACUACCAGGUUAUAGUGAUGUAAGAAAAUGACAGCAGGAUAAAUACUUUGACAACUUUUUCCACCUUUUAAUGUGACCUAUAACCUGUACAAUGCAAUUGAAAAACAAACUGAAACCUUUCAGGGGAAAAAUAGAAAAGUUAGAAUAACCUGGUUGCAGAAAUAUGCACACCCUUAAACUAAUACUUUGUUGCGGCACUUUUGGCUUUUAUUACAGCACUCAGUCUUUUUGGGUAGGAGUCGAUCAGCGUGGCACAUCUUAAUGUGGCAAUAUUUGCCCACUCUUCUUUGCAAAACCGCUCCAAAUCUGACAGAUUGCGAGGGCAUCUCCUGUGCACAGCCCUCUUCAGAUCACCCCACAAAUGUUCGAUGGGAUUCAGGUCUGGACUCCGGCUGGGCCAUUCAAGGUCUCAAUCUUAUUCCGGUGAAGCCAUUCUUUUGUCGAUUUAGAUGUGUGCUUUAGGUCAUUGUCAUGCUGAAAGAUAAAGUUUCUCUUCAUCUUCAGCUUUCUAGCAGAAGGCUGAAGGUUUUGUGCCAACACUGACUGGUAUUUGGAACUGUUCAUAAUUCCCUCCACCCUGACUAAAGCACCAGUUCCAGCUGAAGAAAAACAGCCCCAAAGCAUGAUGCUGCCAUGACCAUGCUUCACUGUGGGUAUGGUGUUCUUUUGGCGAUGAGCAGUGUUGAUUUUGCGCCAAAUAUACCUUUUGAAAUUAUGUCCAAAAAGUUCAACUUUGGUUUCAUCAGACCAUAGACAUUUUCCCACAUGUGUUUGGGAGAUUUCAGAUGUCUUUUUGCAAAAUUAAGCCGGGCUUUGAUGUUUUUCUUUGUAAGAUAGGGUUUCUGUCUUGUCACCCUACCCCAUAGCCCAGACAUAUGAAGACAGAAGGAGAUUGUUGUCACAUGUACUACACUGCCAGUACUUGCCAGAAAUUCCUGCAGCUCCUUCAGUGUUGCUGUCGGCCUCCUGGUAGCCUCCCCUUCUUGUCUUAUCAUCAAUUUUGGACGGACGUCGUGUUCUUCGUAUGUCACCGUUGUGCCAUAUUUUCUCCACUUGAUGAUGACGGUCUUUACUGUGUUCCAUGGUAUAUUUAAUUCCUUGGAAAUUCUUUUGUAGCCUCACCUGACUGAUAUCUUUGAAUAAUGAGAUCCCUCUGAUGCUUUGGAAGCUCUCUGUGGACCAUGGCUUGUGCUGGAAGAUGUGGCUACAAAAAUGUCAGGAAAAGCUACUAGAACAGCUGAACUUUAUUUGGGGUUGAUCAGAGGCACUUUAAUUGGUGACAGGUGUGUGCUGACUCCAAUUUAACCUGAGUUUGAAUGUUCUUGGUUAAAUCUGAACACAGCCACAUCACCAGUUAUUAAAGGGUGUGCACACUUAUGCAACCACAUGAUCUCAGUUGUUUAUUUUUACUUCACCUCCCUGAAAGAUUUCUGUUUGUUUUUCAAUUGUGUGGUACAGGUUAUAGGUCACAUUAAAGGUGGAAGAAGUUGUGUAUUUAUUUACCUUGAUUAAAUUUUUUUACAUGAAAAAAACGGGCAGUUGAACAGGCGUAUGUAGACUUUUUAUAUCCACUGUAUAUAUUUAUCUGUAUAAAAACAAAGUUUGACAGAGUUACUGCACAAGAAUUAACAUGUUCUUUCUGUCCUGCAGCUAUGAGAAACCUCCCCCUGGAUUAAUAAAGGUAACUUUGCUCACUCCGAUCCAUGGUUUACAGGAGCAGGAUUGUUGUGGACUCAACACAUCCUGUCAAAAUUCACCCAGAGAAAAGUCUGGAAGUGACCUCUGUUUUUGCAGGAGCAUGAGGACAAACCAGAGGACUGUAUCCCAGCUGAACCUGGAAAUGAAGAAGCCAGGAGCUUCUUGGCUCACGCCCCCACCAAGGGGCUGUGGAUGCCUCUGGGGAAGGAGGUGAAGGUGAUGCAGUGUAAGUACUGGGACAUUCACACAGACAGACAGCUAUACAAAAGUGCAGCUUACAGCCCAGUCUGUGAAACUGAGGUCAAAACUGGAUAGUCUGGACACUGAACAGAGCACAGAAGUAGGAAAUAAAUGUCCAACAUGAAGUUUAUCUUUAUAUUAUAUUAGAAUAUAAAGCAGUCAUCAAUAUUCUGUUAAAACUUGGUGAGUACUUUAUCUUAAAAAUGUCUUUAAAGCUCCUGUGAGGAUGUCUUGACCUUUAUGAGAUAGACUGAAAUUCAUUUUGAUGCCUCUUCAUGUUAACCAAAAGCAAACAAGACCAUCAGCAACAAGAUACACAAUUUAUGUACUGUAAUUUUAAAAACCUGAUUCUGGUGUUAGGUAGUAGGUGUAAAACAUGGCCCUGAUCUUACAAUUCCCACAUGAAAUAUUCACAAUAAAUGAUAUCUGUAACUGUCAAAAGUCACAUACAUGGGAUGAGAUUUGUUGUCAGAAGUCGCUCUUUCAGCUUGUAACAGAGAAGAUAAGUGAAAGCUGCUUCGUUCAUAGGGGACGCCAAACUUGACACAGACUGAAAGCUUCUUUAAACGUGGCUUUAAAUAAUAAAAUCAAGUUACUCUAAUGGUUUAGGUCUGAUAUUUAAUGUGGACCCAAAACUGAACUGGGAGUACCUCUUUUAAAAAACACCUCUUUGUGUUUACCUCAAGCAUGUGAAAUGAGAACCAUGAAAAAGCUCCUGACACAUCACAAAUAAUUGUCAUAAUGUACCAGCUGCAGGAGCGCGCGGAGCACUUUAAGUUGAAGAACUACAGGCGGGGCAAACCUCCAUCCUGCAUUGGCUGCAGUCUUAAAAAGUGUAUAAACGAAACCACAAACACAGAAUCACUAACACCACAUCUGUUGUUCUCUGACAAACACGGAGGACCAGAUAUGAAUAUUAAUAAAUGAGUUGUGGAGACCACCUUCUGUGUCUUUGGUCAGACAAAGACUUCUUUUUCUGUUCGGUGGCGGCCCAUUUCUUCAUCCCACUCCUCUUCAUCUUACUGCUUGAACAGACAAGCUUUGUAAGUCCUUGAACACACACAAACACAGAGCCAUGUUGACUUGAUAGCAUUUGUUCUACUGAAUCUAAACAUGACUUGCUCUGCUUAAUCCUUUAAGGAAAUAUUUGACAUCCUCCUGUUUGAUUCAAUGAAGAGACUUUGCAGUAAAUUAUAUGCACGACUAAGUAAAUGAAUCAGCACAUAAACUGCUUAUAGAGGACAAACAGAGAGUCUGUCUGAUCUCACUUUACAAAGACUCAAGUUUACCUCGGUAGCUCCGCUGCAGCCUCAAGUGGAAUGAUUAAAACAGUGUGAAUGUGACACAACUUCUUCACUCCACACAGUCAAGCACAAGAGAGGAAUUGUGUGAGGAGGUCUGUCUUUCAUUUGGAAGCAUUUUGCAAUUCAUGUUGCAAGGCUGUUUGAGAGAGUGAGUGAUUUAAGUUGCAAAAAGGAACAAUCCUACAUUAAGUUUUGUGAGCCUGUGAGGGAUGUAGCAGUUAGAUGUGUUGAUGGUACAUUGAUAAUCUGAGUAAUUAUUAUUCAUUUAAGCUCCUAUCAGGAGAUUUUUGACAUUUAUGAAAUAGCCUAAAAUUCAUAAAGCCUUUUUCUGUUAUCAAAAAGAGGUAAGACCAUCAGCGUCAAGAUUUAAGAGUUUUUCAUCCUCAUUUUUGAUAGGAUAAGUGUCAAUCGAGCAGCUGGAGAAACAGCCUUAGUAACUAAAUUUAUGAAUAAAACUUAUAAACAGUUAAACUUGCCAGAAGUCAGCAGGGUGAGGUUUUUAAAUCAAAAAUAACUAAAGCAUGUUGAGGACAAGUAAAACAAAGUCUGCUAUGUCCACAGGGGGGCGCCAAAAUUGACACAAACCUAAAAUUUCUUCUCAGGAGCUUUAAAAGAACAUUCUGCAAAGCUUGAUUUAUUAGCUGAUAGGCUCAUAUUUUAAUCCUAACCAACUCUUCAUGUGAAAUAAAUCGGUUACUAUCCAUCUCCUUGAACAUGUGCCACUGAUUGGUAUUCCUGCAGAGAAAGCUUCAAGUGUGGUUUGUUUGACCCUUUAGCUGCAAUGUUUUUGCUCCAUGUAAAGUCCUCCACACCGCCUCCAUUUGUUUCAUCUCGUAGCUACUUGGUCUCUCAGUUGUAGUGAAGCUAAUGCAGCAUAUCCUCCAUGUGUCUUGAUAAACAUGGCACAUUAAGUUUGUCCAAUAGUGUUGUAUUUUUGCUUUCAUUCUGUGUGGGUUGUGCCAAACAUAAUAUAGACCAUAAAUUAUAUGGCUGUAUAAUAUAAUGUAGCCAUUCAGAGAAGAUGGAGGGCGGACGCCGAUAUGUUGCCAGUUUAAUCAAAAUACCACUAAUCAACCUUAACAGCCGGUCCGUCUCUCUUGUUGUCAGAGAGUCUAGAACUUACUCAAAUUGCUCAUAUGUGAUCUAAGUUACAGCAACCCUUACCUCAGUCUCUUUCCAGAAACUAAAAGGCUGAAGUUUGCCCUCUUUGCUGCAGGUUGGAGAUGUAAGCGCUACGGCCACAGGACAGGAGACAGGGAGUGUCCGUUCUUCAUCAAAGGCAACCAGAAACUGGAGCAGUUCAGGGUGGUGAGUUUGUGAAUCAUUCAGAAUAAAAGGAGCCCACACAUAGUUAUUUAGAGAAUAAUAGUCUGCAGUUGAAUAAUGUAGGUUUAGAGCUGUAAAAACAAGGUCAACGACAGACAUUUGGUCUACGCUGAGGACCAUGUGGGCAGCAGACGUCUUCCCACAGCCUGUGUGUCUUUAAUGGAACAAUACUGACUGCAGGCACACGCAGCCUCUGCAACGAUUAUCAUAAAUGCAGCUGUAUCAUAUUUUCCUGACUUGUUUUGUCACAGGCAGCUUUUAUAAAACGCUGACACAACACCAGAAUCAGUAAAACCGUUUGAAAGUGUGGAGCUGGAAUCAUCAGAAGAACUCUCACUGUAAACAGAAGCUGUGUUUAUGGCAGAGUGAUAACUGAGUGUUUUUUCUUUAGGCGCACGAAGACCCGAUGUACGACAUCAUACGGGAAAACAAACGAAACGAGAAAGAAACAAGGUACAUACACACUUUUUGUUAUCAUGCACAUCCUGUCAAAGAAUCCGAUUUCUGACUUUGACAGGCUGAAAGAAGAGAGAAAACCAGGUCUGACAGGAAUGUGAGACAUUCAAGAGCCUUUAGUUUUUCCUCUGUUUGUCAUGGCAUUGUGGGACGGUCUCCACUGACCCUGAAUCUCUCUCUCUCGUGUAGGCUGGUUUCUCUGUGCCGGUUUCUCGCAAAUAGUGUUUGACACCAGGAUGUUUGAAUCUGAGGUUUGCUCACGAUUCGUUUGUGUCUAUGCAAAGCAGUUUAUACACACCCGUGCGCAUGGAAAGGUUAUUCAAAGGCCAGCGGUGCUUUGAGGAUUCAGUUUUGUGUCUCUGUCAGAGUAAGUUUGGCAUCAUCUGGAAAGAGAAGUGAAACAGUCUGAUUACUUCCAGAGGACUUGAUUUUAAAUCAUUGAUAGUUCUUCACUUCUUGCAGGUUACAGAGAGUUUCCCAAUCGCAGAGAGACACUGAACAUCCGCAUCGGGUAGAAAAAAAGAGGCUAAUUUAGCAUCACAACGUCGAUCUAUUGUACUACUUUUCUUGUUGCUGUUUUUAUUUGUGCUCUGCAGAUUUUCAGGACUGUUUACAUGAAUUAUAGAUGCUGUUGCUGAGAUUUGGCUCCCCACUUGCCUCUGCAUGCCGCAGCUUUUGGCUGUAGUUUAAUGUUGUUUUGUAUUACACUGUGAAUCUGAAGCCUGACAAAGAUCCAUGACUAAAUGUUGUUUCAGAAUCACUUUUUCAUUCAGCGGCGCAUUUGGAGAAACUGAAAUCAGUAAGCCGAAGGAGGAAAUUUAUUUAAAAUAUUUAUCUGCAUGUCCUGGAGUGCUUCUCUAAUGGGGUUCACUCUGAGGACUGGAGCUACGCUUCAAGGAGUAGCGUGACAUCCCGAGUGUUCAGACGAUCAUUCUGCUCGGCGGGAUCAAGCCGGCCGUAAUGAGGCCUGAUGGACUCCUUACAGGAGCGUGUCAGACUUCUCACAGGAACACUUUCAUGGCUGAAUGGCGAACAGGUUCUGGGUGUCUUCAGAAGUUGUACAUUUUUGAUACCUGCUCUCACUGCCAGCUCACUCCUCAAAGCUAAUUAAGGCAGAUGUUCCCUGACGACCUCCAGUACUGUAUCCCUCCCAUCCUCCUCCCCCCGCCUUCAUCUCCCUUUCUGGAAUUUCUCACUAAGUUUGAUGAGUAACACGCUCAAAUAAGAGUUUCAUGGUAUCGCAGUGUAAUGAUCACAGCUGUCAAGGUCUCUUUGAGAAUCAGACAGUGUGGACACUAAUUAAAGGCACUGUGAGGAGUUUUUUUACUGGUUCAGAGUAAAACUGGUCCUCUUUAUAACCUUCAAAACCACACCAGACCAUCAGCAGCAGUUCUGACACUUUUUCUUUUCUUUUUGAAUCCCUGAAACUGUCAUGAGGAGGAAGCUGUCAGACCAGGUGAUUGAAGAAACAACCAUAUAGUUUUAUUCAUGGCAACCACUCUGUUUAUGUCUGAAAACCACUUUCACAUGUACAAGAUGAGAUAAGAGACGUCUCUUUGUCCACAGGGGGCGCCAGAGACAAACAAACUUCAAGUUCCUCACUGUAGCUUUAAAGCCCCUAUGAGGAGCUCUGCAGGUUCCCUCUGUACGGCUCGUUUUUUAAAUUAUGUUGUCCUGUACAUGAACAGAAAGUGUCUCUGACUUCACUGGGGGGAAAAGUGCCUUUCAACUUUUCAACUGCAGGUUUUUUACGCCGGAACUAGGUAUCUUUUGAGGAACUCUGCAUUUAAGCCAUAGGUGCAAGAAUCUAAAUUCAGGGGGUUGUACUUUCUAAUGGCCCAGGGACUUAAGGGGUAAAAACAGGUUGUGGAUUGUGAGAAGGGAGAGGAGAUAUCCUGUCCUGGAUUGUCUAAAGCAUCAAAAAUCACUUCUUCAAACACGACUUCUUGUGGCUGAUUGUGUGUUUUACUUUGAUUUUCUGGUCCGUCUCUUGUAUAACCAGCUUAAACACCUCACAGUGGCUUUAUUCUCUCAGAGGACCAUCGUUUUAAAAUUAGUCCCAGCUCCAGUUCUGUCUUUAAGUGGGAGGGAUGACUGGAUCGUUGGCGUGUGUCCCUGUUUUCUCUUGAAAUUCAGCAGCUUUCACUGGCACUUUAGCUGCUGGCAGUGACCAUCAAUAUGUAACAGAAGAAGAAGAAGAAGGUACUUGGCUCAGUCCACUAUCUGGAAACACCGGCAUUAGGACUAAGAUUUGAUCUCGCCCGAGGCCGCUUGAGAUGCUCGCCACUCCGGACAUCCAUCAGUUUGUUUCCUCUGUGUGCUUUAACCCCUCUCUUCCUCUGCUUCCUGUUUUGUAGGAUCCAGCAGCUGCAGCAGCUGCUUCAGGACACCACCUCCUCCUCCUCCUCCUCCUCCUCAUCCUCCGAUUCAGACAACUCCUCCUCUUCCUCCUCCUCAUCGUCCUCCGACCACCAUCGAAAGAAAAGGAAGAAGAUGAAAGAGAAGAAGAAGAAAGAGAAGAAGAAGAAGAAGAGGAAAAAGAAGCGAAAGCACAAGUCAUCUAAAACCAGUGACUGCUCUGAUUGA